ACCGAUUCCCCUUUUUAGUCAGUCGUUCAACGUAACAGCAAGCAAGAACUCGUGCGCGUUGUUUUUAUUCGAUUUAAAAUUUAUACGAACGAAUAACAGUUAAUAAUAAGAAGAGACGUUAAACAUUUACACAAUUACUAUUAUUGAGAAGAAUUACACUACAAUUGUUUGAGGCUACAUUACAAGAUGAGGUGUUUAAUAUUUUUAAUCCCGAUAUUAUGUUUUGCGAAUGGACGAAACCUUCACGACUUUAACGAAGACCGGGAUACCGAUAUCGGCGACAGUAUCGAUUUAGUAAAGAACAUUCGAGAUUCCAAUAGUAAUCAAAUGAGACAUCGACGGAAGUCAAGACAGUCAUUCUACGACUUUUCUCCUUAUUAUUACGAUAAUAGACGAGAGUACUUUCGUCAUCAAGAUGAGAUGUUGAACCGGAUAGUAAGGCUAUUGGAUGAAAUUUCCAUACACGUUAAACGACCGGCAACACCUCCACCGCCACCGCCACCGCAAGUUGUUUACGUGCCAUACCCGGUUCCAUACCCGAUGCCUCAGUGGCGACCUUGCGCUCAAAAACCAACUAAAGUAAAUUUAACCGAUAGAUGGCCAGAUAUGGAUGACGCUAACAUGAAUUGGGGUCUAGUGCCUGAUGAAAUAGAAGAUAUCGAUGACGGCAAUGAUGGCUCUAGACCUGUAUCGUUUGAUCCCAUUGAAACGAAUGAGUCGGCACCAAUUCCGCCACCUGUUGAGCACGGUAGCUCGCAAGCCGGGAUGGAAGCCACGACUGAAGCACCAGUAGCGAGGCCAGGCAUUUGCCAGGCCGCCAUUAUUUUAUGCUGCAAUACAGGAACCAAACAAGUUCAACAGAGUUGCUUUGCUAAAUAUGGCUGCCCUAAGACAUUUUCUACCGGUCUUUCGUGUAAACCAAGAAUAGUAAAAGAAGUUUUAGAAGAAUUUGCAAAAGCAUAUGCGCCCAAUAAUCGUUGAUUGAAAUUCGAAGCGAAUAUCAUCACGCAACUAGUAAGUGUAAUAAAAUAAAAAACUUAAAUCUCUUAA